AUGCCAGCCAGUGCUGUUGCGCCGGACGACACCCUUCUGAUCGGGAUUGUCCCACAAGCAAUCAAGUCAAACGACGAGCCAUCUCAGGAUGUUCCUUCAGACCCUGAAUCAGAUGACGAUGUUCCUCUUGAAGCCGAGGAGCUUCAGGAUGCUCUCUCGCGUCCCCCACCUGUGAAUAGUAGCUACCUUCCGCUCCCCUGGAGAGGCCGAUUAGGCUAUGCUUGUUUGAAUACAUAUCUACGGAACGCGAACCCGCCAGUGUUCUGCUCUCGGACCUGUCGCAUUGCGUCCAUUCUUGAAAACCGACACCCACUUGCGGAUCCCUCGCAGCCGCCUCAUCCGACCAAGAACCGCCCUGAUCGGGAUCGGACGCCUGAUGUUGCCCGCGGACAGGCGUACGUUGAGUCUCUGGGACUGGCCAAUGCGCGAGAUCUGAUUAAGCUCCUGCGCUGGAAUGACAAAUAUGGCAUCAAAUUCAUGCGACUGAGCAGUGAGAUGUUCCCUUUCGCCAGCCAUAAAGAGUAUGGCUAUAAACUUGCCUCGUUUGCAUCAGAGGUCCUCGCUGAGGUUGGCCGUGUGGUUGCCGAACUCGGUCAUCGAGUGUCCGUACAUCCUGGCCAGUUUACUCAGCUUGGCUCGCCCAGGCUGGAAGUCAUUGAAAGCUCGAUCCGCGAUCUGGAAUAUCACUCGGAGAUGUUGCAACUCCUCAAGUUGCCUCCGCAGCAAGAUCGCGACGCUGUCAUGAUUCUCCACAUGGGGGGUGUAUUCGGCGAUAAAGAGGCCACACUGGAUCGGUUCCGGGAGAAUUACAAAGGUCUUUCCCAGGAUAUCAAGAAUCGGCUCGUUCUGGAGAAUGACGAUGUAAGCUGGUCAGUGCACGAUUUACUGCCCAUUUGUGAGGAGCUGAAUAUACCGCUUGUCCUCGACUUCCAUCACCACAACAUCGUCUUCGAUUCAAGCCAAGUGCGCGAGGGUACCUUGGAUAUCAUGGAUCUUUUUGACCGGAUCAAGGCAACUUGGACACGUAAGAACAUCACGCAGAAAAUGCACUAUUCGGAACCUGUUCCCUCCGCCAUCACGAAUCGACAGCGGCGAAAGCACAGCGAUCGAGUGUCCACGCUUCCACCUUGCGACCCGACCAUGGAUUUAAUGAUCGAGGCCAAGCACAAGGAGCAAGCCGUUUUUGAAUUGAUGAGGCGGUUUAAGCUGCCUGGCCACGACCUGUUUAAUGAUGUAUUGCCUUACACGCGAACCGAUGAGAACAGACCUUUCAAGCCUCCUCGCAAAACCAAGAAGAACGGAGGGUUCGUUGACCUCGAAGCUCAGGUCCCUCCUACUUCUACUGUUCCCGAGGAAGAAGUAGGCAUGGGAGGUCCGGAAAGAAGAGUCUAUUGGCCACCAGGUAUGGAAGAGUGGCUUCGGCCGAAGAAGAUCAUUCGUGUCAAAGCACGACAGAGUCCGGCAAAAUCGAAUGCGUCGAAGAAGAAGGCAAAGGCAAAUGAAGACUCGUCACAAAUAAAGAACGAGGAUGCUGAUGAGGAAGAUGAGGGGCCAGCGACUCCCAAGCCUAAGACUUCUCGCCCACCCAAACGCACUGCAAGUGUGAAAAAACAGACAAGCAGGAAAAGGAAAGCUUCACCGACUCCGCCCUCUACUCCGUCGGUCUCUGAUAUCGAGGGUUUAGCUCUGGCGGAACCGCCCAUUCUUUCUGGUACUGAGACUGCCAAUACUCGUCGUAGCCGACGCGCAACGACCGCGAAGAAGGUCAGUUACGCCGAGGAGAGCGACUCUGUAUGA